AAAUUGAGAGCGCGUGCUGAUGCCGCUCUUUCAAAUUUGGCUCUUUCAAAAUUUCAAAAUGAAUAGAGAGUACUUGAAAACAAAUUUCCAGAUCCAUUAUAUAUAUAACCACUAAACCAAAACAAAUAAAAAAAACUCAAAUUUAGAGUCAUAUAUUUCACUUUCGUAUCUAUUUAAGCGGGCUCAGGCGGGAUCUGAACAUAGUUCAAUGGCGGCGCCACCGCCCACUGUCACCGGAGGGGACUCCUCUAAACACCACGCCUAUAGCCGAAAGCAGAAGUCUUUAGGCUUAUUAUGCUCCAAUUUUCUCUGCUUGUACAAUCGCGAUGGGAUAACAUCUAUUGGCCUCGAUGAUGCUGCUUCACGAUUAGGUGUUGAAAGAAGACGGAUCUACGAUAUUGUAAAUGUACUUGAGAGUGUUGGGGUUCUGGCAAGGAAGGCUAAGAAUCAAUAUACAUGGAAAGGGUUUGAGGCUAUACCCAAGGCUCUAAAGGAACUUAAGGAUGAGGGUUUGAAGGAGAAUUUCAGUUCAUUUGAUGGCAACGAUGAUUCAAAAGUGUCUGAUGAUGAAGAAGAUGAUGAGAGAAUUUCUGACACUCGUACUGAAAGUCAACCUGACAAAUUAAACCACAGUUUAAAUCUCAAAUCCUCAGCUUCUUCUAAACCAGAAAAUAGAAGGGAAAAGUCAUUGGCACUUCUUACCCAGAAUUUUGUAAAGCUCUUUGUCUGCACUAGUGUGGAUUUGAUCUCUCUAGACGAAGCUGCAAAGUUAUUGCUUGGGGAUGCACACAAUUCAUCAAUUAUGAGAACGAAAGUCAGGCGGCUUUACGAUAUUGCAAAUGUGCUGUCCUCCAUGAAUCUAAUUGAGAAGACACAUACAUCAGACACAAGGAAGCCUGCAUUCAGGUGGUUGGGAUUUGGAGGAAGAGGACAAGCUGAGCAUAAUGUCUCCGCUCAUGAAUCAGUUGUAACUGAAUCAAAAAAACGACCAUUUGGAGCAGACAUUACAAACAUCAGUUUUAAGAGGAAUAAAUUGGAUUUAGGUGAGAGUUUAAAUAUGAACUUUAGCAAGCAGAAGCAAGUGAAACAAGAGAGUUAUGUAGAUGAGAUUGAUAGAAUCACUUUCGAAGAAGAUUCAAAUGAAAGUACAAAGAGCUAUCAGUUUGGCCCUUUUGCACCAGUCACCAUAGCAAGAGUUGGUACCUCUGAGAAUAAUCCAAGGAAAGUUCAUGACUUGGAGAAGCUUGCUACUAUUUAUCGUCCUCAGUACCAAAACCAAGCCCUGAAAGACCUUUUUUCACAUUACAUGGAAGCAUGGAAAACAUGGUACUCAGAAGUAUCCGAGAAGAAUCCAAUUAGAAUUUCAUGAUACUCAACAGUGAUUGAUCAACUUUAUGGGGGAGUGGGGUUAUGGUAGAAGUAUUAGGUUUAAGAUUUUGUGUCUUGAGUCUUAAAUGCUUGUUGGCCACAUCUAAAAAGAGUCAAUCCCCUCUUGAGCUGGUGGAAUAUUAUGAGGAAGAGGCGGGUCUUGGAUGCAUGUUCUCUGUGCACCAACUUGGAAUUGCCAUCUUCAUUUUGGGAUAUAGUAUUUUACUGCAUUGGUUUGACAUUUCCACAAUCGCUGUAUCUCUAAUUUGCGUCUACAUAGUUUUUUUGUUUUUUUUUUGUUUUAACAUUUGGAGUUGGUUGGAAGUUAGGAUAGGCAAUAAUAGUAAGUUGGGAUAGGCAAAGAUCUUCGUUUAUAUUAAUUGUGGAAGCUGUAGAGUAGCUCAUGUAAAUUUUCUGCGGCUGAAAUUUAAAGUCAAUUAUGACAUUUAUGUUUA